GCAACCUGCUGUUAGGGACUUCUGGCAGCAACGCACGAAAGGCCCCUGCAGUAUGCUCGGCAAGUGACAAUCUGCUAAGAUGUGUUUCUGCGCUUUCCAGAAGCCUUUAGAGCACGUUUUUCUCCAACCAGGGGCAGCCCUGGCCCGUGCUAAAGGGAGCUGAGAGCACCCCGAUCACGGUUUAACUGCAUGGUUUGAUUCGGGAGCUCUCUCCCUCGCGGUUUCUCGUUCCUGACAUUGAGGGGCGGGGCGGCAGAGAGAGGGGAGAGAUGUCCUUCUUGAGUUUCAUGAAACUUUUCAGACUGGGAACGGAAAAGAAGAAGGCGAAGCAGUACCAGCACGUCAGGAGAGAUGUGGAUCCUGAAAGUGUCUGGAGAGUAAUCGGAGAGCUGGGAGACGGGGCCUUUGGCAAGGUGCUCAAGGCACAGAACAGGGAGACUGGGGCCCUUGCAGCUGCCAAGGUGAUCAGUUCACUGGAUGAGGAGGAGCUCGAAGAUUACAUGGUGGAAAUUGAGAUUCUGGCCUCAUGUGAUCACUCCAACAUUGUUCGACUUCUCGAUGCCUUCUACUAUGGAAACAGCUUGUGGAUCCUCAUCGAGUUUUGCUCUGGCGGGGCUGUGGAUGCUAUAAUGUUGGAGCUGGAGAGAGGGUUGACAGAGCCACAGAUUCGCGUGAUUUGCAGACAGACCCUUGAAGCCCUUCACUACCUGCACAGUAACAAGAUCAUACAUCGGGACCUGAAGGCUGGAAAUAUCCUUCUGACACUGGACGGAGACGUUAAGUUAGCUGAUUUUGGAGUGUCUGCAAAGAACGCACACACCGUCCAACGGAGAGCAUCAUUCAUCGGAACGCCUUACUGGAUGGCCCCUGAGGUUGUCCAGUGCGAGACUUCGAAGGACGCACCUUAUGACCACAAGGCGGACGUCUGGUCUCUGGGAAUCACGCUGAUUGAGUUGGCAGAGAUGGAGCCGCCACACCAUGAGCUGAACCCCAUGCGGGUGCUCCUGAAGAUCACCAAGGCCCCUCCUCCGACUCUGGCCCACCCUUCCCGAUGGUCACCAGAUUUUAAGGAUUUCUUACGAAAGGCUUUGGAAAAAAAUGUCGACCUCCGAUGGUGCGUAAAGCAACUUCUCCAGCACCCUUUCGUGGCCGCGGUGACCAGCAACAAGCCAAUCCGAGAGCUGAUAGCCGAAGCCAGGGCCGAGGUGAUGGAGGAGAUUGAGGAAGGCAAGGAUGAUGAUGAUGUUGAUGACGACGAUACAGAGGCUCUGGCAUCCCAACUGGGCUCUGACAAUACAAUCAGUUCAGAGGAACAGGCUCCAAUGGGCCCCACCAAGAUGUCUCUGGAGGAAGAGCCAAUAAGCAAACAGCCAGUCGACCGAGGCCAAGCUGGGAGCCCCACCUUGGGCAGCGCAGCUGGCGGAUCAGUGGACUGUUCGGCUGGUUACGGAGCGUUGGGGGUGUCCGUGGAAAGCCAGGACCCGACGGUGCCGGGCGAGGGUGAGAUGGGAAUCGCCAGGGAGCUCCCAUCGGAGACCUCAGUCACGAGGUCUGAUUUCGCAGGCAGUGAGCUUCCGGUGAGCCCGUGGGGAGAAACCGGGGCGGGCGCAAAGGAUCGCAGUGCUCACUCAAGCGAGGUGGAGAAGAGGUGUGCCAGCCCAGGCAACGCCAGUGAAAGGUCUGAGCCCAUGGUGGGCAAAGCCGAUCUGGAAGAGCCCGGGCACACAGCAGCUGAAGACUCAACUGAUGGCGCACCCAACCUGGGACUGGACGGAGACGAGCUGACACUAAGCAAUGAGAACUCAAGAGCAGAUCCUACUGGCCCAUCAACUUCAGGAGGAGAGGGUCCAGCAGAGCCAGAGACUCCUGCACCAAUAUUUGGGAAGGCAGAAAGUGAAGCUCAUGGCCCAUUGAUAGGAACCACAGAAUCGGAUUCUCCAGGAGCAGAUUUCCUCCCAGAGUGGAGCCCAUCAGGUCUGGAGCCUGUUGGAGUGCUGGAAGAUAUGAGCAAUGGGCCAACACCAGGAGAGAUCUCCUCUUGUACCCUGGUACCCGGGAACGCUGAAACCAUAGAGACGGAUCGAGGCAGUUCGCACGUGGAAGGCGAUGCCCUCUCGGUCGUGAAAGGAGCGGCGAAUUCCCAGGAUUGCUGGGCCUGCGGGCAGGGUCCAGAGGAAGAAACAUCAGUCGCUCACACACAGCCACCAAGCGAAAAUGGUACGCACCAAGAGGAUGCUGCAGUGCUGCUGGAAAAGGUGGGAGAGGUUGACAGGUCAAGUGCUGAACCCGCAGCUAAGGUGCUGGAAGAGAUGACAGAGGGAGGGUUGGACUCAGAGGAAGCAAGCAAUGGCCUGCCAAGAUCUGUCGCAGCCAUCGAAACUACCGGGGCACUGCCCUCGGCUCUCACACCAAGUCGUGACAGUGGGCACUCAAAUGAAUCUCUUCGGUUCGAAGAGGCGGUAAAUCAUGUGGUGACGGAGUUGGAGAAGGCAGAGGCUGUGGGGAAAAACGAGGACAGCAUCUCGGCAGGAGGACCCGAUCGGUUCGAGUGCGAAGAAUGGACAGGGCCUCAAACCGAAGGCCAGGCGCUGGCCGACGGCAAGGACAUCGCUGAGCCGGGGGGCAGCGGCCCAGCCGAAGCUGAGGAAGACUCGGGCCGCAGCGGCGAGUUCGCCGUGGUAACCUGCGUUGUCGAGGAGCUGAUCAACUGGGUGGUCGCUGGUGAACAGACGGAAGAGGAAGGAGCCACGCCCCACGUCCUGAAAGACACGGGCCCCCAUGGCUGCGCCCACUUUGUGGAAGAGGCGGACAGCGCCGACGAGGGCACUGAAGGUUUGGCUGAGGGAUGCGAGCAUGUAGGCCGCGAGGAGGUAUCAGCUGAUAGCCAGGGAGAACAGCAGGAGGAUGAGCCAGGAGACGAGGCCAAGGUCAACGAUAUCUCACCAGGUGAAGAUACUACACACCGCCAGGCCCCACUGACACAGUUUCUUGAGCCAGCCAUUUCCAAGGAAACAGGAAGACUGGAGAAAAAUGGCCGAUCUGUGCUGAAACGAGAAGCAUACUGUCCAUCCACUGGUAUCCAUACUUGUGUUGAACUAUCGCAAGACGGGGAGACCGGGGAAAGGAGAUGUUCCUAUCCAUUUGCAGCAGACAAUAUCGAAUCUGAUGACGUCCCCCUUUGCCCUGGUGGUGUGGUUUCCAAACAGAUGCAGGGUGACCUGUUCGACGACCAAGAUCGCCCCACCCUGCGGAAGACAUUAAAGAAAACCCGGAAGUUUGUGGUGGAUGGCGUGGAAGUCAGCGUCACCACCUCAAAGGUGGUCAGCGAGGAUAACAAGAAGGACCUAGACAUGCGGUCAGCCAGGCGCCAGGAGCUGCGGGAACUCCGGCUCCUGCAGAGAGAGGAGCAGCGUCUGCAAAGCCAACUCGACCAGAAACUACAGCAACAACGGGAACAGAUGAUCCGCCAAAUUGAGCAGGAGAUGAUGAAUAAGAAGCAGUACUAUGACCAUGAGAUUGAGAACCUGGAGCGGCACUACAGACAGAUUAUCGAUCGGCUGGAGCAAGACUACGCUCACCGACUGCGCGAUGAAGCUAAACGCCUCAAAACGCAACAAGCUAAAGAGUUCUCAAAACAGCGGCAAUCACUGCAGGACAAAAAGCAAGAGCAAGAAUUCAUCCAGAAGCAACAACAAGAGCUGAAUGAGACGCUUCAAAUGAUUGUUCAGGAACGGAAGACCAGAAUUUCCUCCACGGAUUUUGAGCGGCUCAUGAGAGGGCAGCAGCUCAAGAGAGACCGUGAGGCGGUGGUCUGGGACGUGGAGCAGCGCCACCUGCAGGAGAAAUACCAUCUGUUCAAGCAGCAGGUCAAGGAGCAGUGCUCCCUGCAGAGGCAACUGCUACUCAAACGUCACGACAAGGAGAUGGAGAGAAUGGUCCACGAUCACACCGGCCUCCUAGAGGACCUGAAGAGCCACCAGGCGCAGGAGAGGACCCGGCUGCCAAAGAUGCAGCGGCAAGACAGCAAGGCCAGGCUGAACCUCUUCAAGCAGAGCCUGAAGAUCAAGGCCAUCGGGGCAGUGGAGCAGAAGGAGCUCAUCAAACAGUUUCUAGUUCAGGAAGAGGCUCGUCAGAAAGAGGAGAGGCAGCGCCAGCAGCAGAAGCAUGAUACCCAACUCAAGGAGCGGCAGAGGCAAUGUGACACCAACGUGGUGGAGUUACAGCACCUUCAGAAUGAGAAGUUGAGCCUGUUGGUCAAUCGGGAGCGAGAGAAGUUGAAGACGCUCGAUGAGGAACACACAAUGGAACUGAAGGAAUGGAGGGAGAGGCUGGCAUCCCGCAAAGAGAUCCUUGAGGAAGAGCUCAUGCGUCGGCGCCAGCAGCAGGAUGCCCCUUCCCGGCGGAGCAGUGAGCCGGACACCAGCAAGUCCUCGCUGCACAGGAUCUCCCGGUUCUUCCCCCUCCCCAGCUUCCCAUCGUAGACAGUCUCCAGGCGCUCGCCCCCCUCCCUGUGCCACUGGAGGAUACGUGGUGGCAUUCGGUGCCUGGCUAAUGAACCCCCUCCAACAACGGCCGGUGUUGUGGUAAUGGGAUGGUAAUCCAGAAGCCCUGAUUAAUGCCCGAGGACCAGGGGUUUGAAUCCCAGCACAGGGGCUACUGGCUCUUUAAAAAUCAACAAAUCUAAAACUGAAAGAAAUCCUGACCUUCCCUCCCCCAUAAGUGCCGAUAUUCAGCACCAUUCGCUACUCCUCCAAUACUGAAGCAGCCCUGUGUUCAAAUGCAACAAGAUCUGAUAAAAUCCAGGCUUGGGCUGACAAGUGGCACAUAACAUUCAUGCCACACAAAUGCCAGGCUGUGACCAUUUCCAACAAGAGAGAAUUUAACCAUUGCCCCUUGAUAUUCAUGGUGUUACCAUCACUGAAUCCCCCCUUCCACUGUCAACACCCUGGGAGUUCCCAUUCACCAGAUAGUUAGCUGGACCACCACAUAAACACUGCGGCUACUGGAGCGGGUCAGAGGCUGGGAAUCCUGCAGCGAGUAACUCCCCUCCUGACUCCUUAAACUCCACUGUCCGUAAGGCACAAAUCAGGAGUGUGAUGGAAUACUCUCCACUUGCCCCAGAUGGGGGCAACUCCAACAACAGUUGAGAAGCUCGACACCAUCCAGGGGCAAAGCAGCCGCCCUCUGGCUCGAUUGGC